ACAUGUGUUUAUAAUUACUAACUUUUGCUUUGCUUGCAUGUACAUAAAUGGAAGGUAUACGUUAGAACUAUUUUCUGCGCGUAUGUUCAUGGUCACAAAAGUGAUAAGGCGUUUUUGUUUACAGGUGCUUGGCAAUGCAUUGGAAGAUGGUGGAGUAGCUAAUGGGGUUGUAAAUUAUGCAGAAGUCAGUCUCACCUGAGAGAGUUCCGCGAGAAGCGCUUCACGAGCAGCAUGAGCGACUUACCACGAAACACAUUCAGACACUGUCGUUCGUACAGGACAUUGUUAAUGAGAACAAACAGCUCAAGGCCCGAGUGGAUCAGCUUGAGGGAAUCCACAAAGAGUAUGAAUUGCUGGAGAAGAUGGAGGAUGACCAUCAGGAUCGUAUCAAGCAGAUCCAGGAGCAGUACAUUAACAGAGCAGACGAAAUAAAUGCCAUGCUGGCAGAAAAACAUAAAACAGAGAUUCUACAGCUGGUGGAUGAGAAAGUUGAAAUUGAAAAGAAUGCUUACCAAGAAAUUACUACACUGAAGGCUGACAUUGAGGUCCUACAACAGACCAACAGACAGCUCCUGGAGCAGCUGGGGCCUCUCACUGACCUCCAGGACGAAAACAAGUCUCUAAAAAAAGAUCUGGAAAAUGCGAAGAAUGAAAAUGAAAAUUUGAAGUCCGAAUACACCAAGUUGGAAGAGACGUCUGACAGCAAGGUUGAUGUACACCACCUCCAGGGACUAAAAGUUCAGAAUGAGGCUCUCCAGCAACAUGUCAAUGAACUGGAGCAGAAGAAGCAUGAAAUGGAACACAGGAUCUCUCGAUUGGAGGCCGAGGUGGUUGAGAAGUCACAGGAUGCGGACAAAGUCAAACUCAUCGAUAACCUUCGCCUCAAGCUUGAGAAACUACAUAAAGAAAAGACCGACCACUUGACAAGGCUGACUGGUCAUGAAGCUGAGAUUCAGGACCUUACAAGGGAAAAUGAACAGCUGAAGGGUUCGCUUAUCCAGCUUGAAAAGGAGAAAGAAAAGCUUGUUUUGGAAUUCCGGAAUUUAUUUUAUGAACUCCAGUCACUGAAGAAACAGUUGUCACAUGACCAGGACAAGAAGACAUUCAGGGACUUUGUGAUGGUGAAAAGAGAAGUGAAUAUGUUAAGAGAGGAAAAUGCUGUUCUGAAACAGAAAAAUAAAUUGACGGUAGAGAAGCUGCCGUUCCUGAAGCCUGACCGACCACCCUCUGGCACCAAGGGCACAGAAGCCAGGGACAUUAACAAGAAGCGUCAGUUAGCAUUGCCGUCAUCUGGGCAUGCUUAAUAGAAGUAAGUCACCAUCAUGAAGGCUGACGGGCCACCCUUGGGCAUUGAUGGGCAUAAUCUAGGGACACUAACAAGAGGUGUCAUUAACUGUUUCCGUCAUCUGGGCAUGCUUGAUAGCAGUUAGAUUCCCUUCCUGGAGGCUGACAGACUAUCUUCCACACCAAGGUGUGAGAAUCCAGGGGCUCUUUACAAAAGGCAUCAGUUAGCAUUGCUGUCAUUAGGGCAUGCUUGAUAGAAGUUAGAUUCCCUUCCUGG